AUGACGCGCAAGACCCGGAGCUCGACGAUUUGCGAGUGGGCGCUUGGUGUCAGCGUUGAAGAGUAUUGCAACACCGUCGACCGACGCAGAAGCAAAAAGUCGAGCGGCAGACAGCGCAUUAGCGUCGAGAUCUCAACCGACGACGAAUCUGAAGAGGACACGGUCAAAAUUACGUAUCCUCGUGCCAACCGCAGCAAGAGCUCCAAUGACCACUCUCCCGGCAUCAAGAAGGUCCGUUUCGACAAGGUCGUGCCAAAGUCUGCGCUGAAGUCGCCCGAAGAAGACAAGAACAAGUCGCUCAAGGCUGAUGGUUCAUUCGAAUCUGAGCCAGAGUCAAAAUCAAAAAAGACGACGAAAAGCGACAAGUCAGUCAAAAAGAAGAAGAAGAAGGUAGUAGACCCUUCAUCGGAAAGCGAGGACAGCGAAACCGAGACAACAGAGGCCGAAGAGGCAGAGGAAGAGACAAUUCCGCCUCCCAAGAAGAAGAAGGAGGUUGUUGACACUUCCAAGAAACAAGAAAAGUCAAAAGAUAUCAGAAAGCCCUCAAAGAAGAGCAAGGAGAGCACCACUUCCGCCGACGUUGAGCCAAACAAUGUUGGCCCUACCACCAAGAAGAGUCAACAGAAGGAUAAAACAACAAAGGAAAAAAGCAGCAAGGCCGAGGUGCACCAGAAGCUGAGACCCGAGGCAGCCUUGUCUCCUCAUUUGCGUCGGCCCAAUCUCAUCAUGCCAAUUCGCGCCGAGGUCCUCCAGGUCGAACAUGCCAUUGAAGGUGUCGAAGACCCGCGACCCAACGCCUUCCACGAUCCUCAACAUGGUGUUGUUCGAGUCUAUCACGGGCCGGCUUACGGAAACCCCUACGGAAUGUUGUAUCCUGCUCGCGAUCCGAAUAAGGCCUCUCUGCCCAUGGGAGUACCCCAUCCUCUGCAAAACCCAUACUUCCACGGAUUCGCCAGUCCCAAAAAUCCCGGAGACAAUUACUUCAAGGGUCAAUCGCCCUGGGGUGCUGUCCCGAUCACCAAUAUGCCUGGAGGACCUCCCGUCAUGGCGCCGGUCGACCCGAUGCAAAUGCAGAUGCAGAUGUCGCCUCCGUGGUGGGGUCCCAUGUCUCCAACGAAGGUGGCUUCACCAAAAGGGUCUCCGAAGCCCGUUAUGUCAGGAGCUAUCCAAGACUAUGGGGCAUCAACAGGUGCCAGAAACAAGGACAAGGGAUGGGAUACAAAUGUCGGGCCGCAGCAAAACAAAGCUCCUUCGACGGUAAAACAAGCCAGCCCCUGUAAUAUCGCUCCAGCUCCUGCUCCCGUCUCCCCUAUCAACAUCAACCUAACGGUGAACCCAAACACCCCCUGGGCUGCCUUCGCAAGCGACAUCAGCAAAAAGUCCACUCCCAAGACGACCGGGUCGCAAGUUAAUGGCGGUGGAUCCAAUGGAAGCAAGAAAUCAUGGGGAUCGAAGAAACCCACGGAUUGGCAGCCGAUCGCCAGUGGCCAGCACCCGGAUCUUGGUUGGGGUACUCCCAGGAAGGACCAGAGAAGCAACAACGGAAGCAAGAAUGGAAGCAACUCGGCCUGGGUGCAGACUGGAGGCCCGAGCAACGAUUCCUGGGGCGUAACUGGCGGCAACGGAAACGACAAUGGAUGGAGUAAUUCGGGUAACAGCCAGAACAACGAUACCCAGCCGACUUCUGGCGGUGAUGGCUGGACAACGACGAAUGAGACCACCUGGGGUGACUCGAGCAAUAACCAAGCAGCAACCAUGAUCAACGAUGAAUGGGGAGCGUCCAACGACCAGUCGGGCGAUGUUUGGGCUAACAGAAGGGGCAACACCAACUGGUCAACCGGUUCGAACCACUCUGGCUCGAAGAAGUCGAGCAAGGGACAGAAUGGCAGCGGCAGCAAUCGCAGCACCAGUGGCCGAGUCCAGCAGGAUACCAACUGGGAUAGCCAAUCCAACAACGUUGGCUACUCAGGGCGUGUUGUUUCGAAUGGCUCGAACAAGUCCAACAAGUCCAAGAAGAACACCCCCCCGCCUUCCACCAACGGUGGAUGGGACAACAAUGCCGGGCCAACUACCAAUAGCCCCGUUGGUAACUCCAAUAGGAGCAACGGGUCCAAGAACAGCCCGAAUAAAGCGUCCAACAACGGCGACACGUGGGUCACCGGGGACGACUCGGCCUGGGCCACAAACAACAACGCCAGACCUACAAAAAAUAAUAGUCCGAAUGCCUCACAGACAUCGAAGCACAAUUCGAACAGGGGAAGCAAGGGCGGCGACCAGUGGGUGGCGGCGGGCGGCGGCGCGGGAUGGGGUCCCGAGAUCACCAGCGGCGAUAACUGGAACCCAACCGCAACAGAUGUGAGCAAGACCUCCAACAGCAGCAAGAGCAUGCCAGGCGCCUGGGACAAUACUCUCCCCUGGGCCGAUACAUCCAUGGCGCAGUCGACGGGCGGCGCAGCGGACAACUGGUGA